AUGCAAUUUGAAUUAUAAUAUAAAAUUAUAGCACGUCAAUCUAAAUUCAUUACUAUCUUGACCUUCCCAAAUAUAAGAACAUUAGGGAUAGAAUUCUAAAGAAUAUUGGGAAUGCAAUCAGAACAUAAAUGCUAUUCCAUAAUCCAAAAUCUAAAGAGAAGGUAUCAAUUGGAUUUUGACUCUGUAUAGUCUUUCCUAUAAACUCAUCUCUUCUGGUAUCAUAUUCAUUAUAUAUUAGAGCUUCAAAAGCAUACUUCAUUGGACUUAAAUAUUGUAGCCAGCUUAUCCAAUCCAUAAAUAAUGACUAAUUAGCAUAGAAUCCUGAGAAGGCAAUGAGAGGCAUCAGCACCACAGGAAUUAUUCCAGAGGCAUUUCGAGCAUCUGAUAACAUAGACCCAAC